CUCAGUGGGCCCGCUCGUGUUCGGAGAGUAUGUGAGAGGGUCGCGCCAGGCGCCGCGCGCACCACCCGCCGCCACUGAGCGCCGGCCGGCAGACCGGGGACCACGGCCAGUCGGCACCGACACCAUGGCGACACGGCUGCUGGCGCGGUGCUACUCUGCUGUUCUGGCCGCCAGUCUCCUGACGGCAGGUGGUUGCGGUCGCAGCCCGUUGGGGAGACCGUCGUUCGCAGUGCCCAUCGACAACCAGACCGUGUCUCUACACCGAGAUGUCACACUGGCCUGUGUGGUUCACCAGCUCGGCGAGCACAAGGUGGCCUGGCUGCACUUGGACCGGCAGUCGCUGAUCUCGAUUGGUGAGCGGCUCAUCACGCAGCUGCCCCAGUUCACCGUACACCACGACAGACAGAAGACGUGGACGCUCAAAAUCCGCAACGUCAAAAAGGAGGAUGGAGGGGUGUACAUGUGUCAGGUCAACACAGAGCCUAUGCUCACCCAGGAGGGCACCGUCACCGUGGUCGUACCGCCUAUAAUCGUGGACAACCGUAGCAGUCCUUCUGAGGUGACCGUGCACGAGGGCAAGAGCGUGCGACUGACCUGUCACGCCGAGGGUCAGCCGGCGCCGGCCAUCUCCUGGCGGCGAGAGGACAACCGACCCAUCUACGUCAACAGGCCAGUGCUGAGGCACAACAGCUCCAGUCUGGAGCUGAAGCACGUCUCCAGGAAGGCCAUGGGCGCCUACCUCUGCAUCGCCAACAACGGCGUGCCCCCGUCGCCCAGCAAGAUGAUCACACUCAAGGUGAAAUUUCCGCCGUCGAUCCGGGUGGAGACGCAGCUGCUGGGCGCGCCGGUGGGCUCCUCCGUGCGGAUGGUAUGCCACGCCGAGGCGGCGCCCAACGCCAUGCACUACUGGGAGCACGAGGACAAGAUCCUGCUGCACAACGCCGCCAGGACGCACCACAUUGAGGAAAUUGUCAACGGCUUCCGGACCACAAUGACGCUGACAAUCGAAAGACUUUCGGAGCCCGACUUUGGUCUAUAUAAAUGUGUCUCCAAGAACCCUUUCGGAGAAGCGGAGGAAACGAUACGAGUAUACGCCACGCGGGCUGCCGAGCGGCCGCUGACCACGCCGCCGCGGCCGCCUCCGCCGGCGCCGGCCGACCGCCGGCCGCAGCGGCAGCACUACAAUCGGGAUGGUCCGCGCGAUAGUGCAGAGCGCGCCAGGUCGGAGACACCCGAGAGCUCCCAGCUGCCGCCGCCCUCCGCAGGCGCGCACCGCUCCACAGAGCUCGCUAUCGGCGCCGCUCUGUUAGCGACCGCCACAGUACAGCUUUCCCGAACGCUCACCAGAUGGCACUAAUGCAAAUGAACCGCGAACUGCGAACUGACAGCCUGUCGCAGCCGGGUGUUGUGAGCUCCAAAUAUCGGGUUGAGGUGCGGUCUGCAUGUCUGAGGGCGGUGCGGAGAUGGCGUUUGUAUGUGUGUAUGCGUGUGUGCAUGUGUUGUUUCCCAAACAGGGUCCUUUGUCGUUUGUGCGCGGCCCUGACUCUGUGCCGCGGCGGACACCGUGACGUCAAAACAUGUGGGGCAGGCGCUGGCAGUGGCGGAUUCAGAGAGGUGGUAAUGAACGCUGUGGGAGAAUACCAACUCCCCAACAAGUCUCUGAAUUCAAAUAACUUCGGUUUUCCUUCCCUCAUGCGUUGCUGUGCAAAUGAAAGCAAACUGUUUUCGAAAACAAAAUUUUGUUGUUUCUUCCUGCACGAAUUGAAACACAAAUUCAAAUUAUUUUCAGACGCUGGAGGAAAGCAUGACCCUACACUGAAGGUCCCAUGCAGACUGGUUAUUGUUUCACCUUUUUUGGAUUGAUUUAGUCAUUGAUUCAUUUGAUUUUUUUUCUCGAUUCAAUCACCAUUAAAUUCCUUCAAAAAAUUGGUGAAUCGAAUCCUUUUGAUUCAGAAAAUCAAAAACAAAACAAAAAAGGAAUGAUUAACGUUUGAUUCAGCCAAAGAGUUAUUGAACGAUUCUUUUUUCAAUAAGAUAUUUUUAAUCCCUGAUAGAUUUUUUUAAUCCCUGAUCGCUAUCCUGAUUCAGGGAUAGUACCUACAUAUUUGUUAUCAGUGUAUAGUACCUACAUAUUUGUUGUGUUCUUUUUGUUGUCAUAAUCAUCAUCACAUGGCAGUAGUUUUAACAUUUGUUGAUAAUAAACUACGCUCACCACAUUUUUUAAAGUCCAUGAAUCGUUUUUAUUUUUCAAUUAACCCUGAUUUCCAAUACUUUUGAUUUCGUCUUGGCUUGUGAAUCAAACAAUCCUGACCGUAAAGCCUUUUUGCUUCAACAAAUUUUGUUAGAUUCAAUACAAUCGAUUCAAUCACGGGUGAAUCGAACACUAGUCUGGCCCCACGGUUUAAGUUAUUGAGCGCUUGGCAAGUUAUGUUGUUAUUACUGAUCAAUAAUGUUUAGUAAGGUGUUGUUUGUUUUCAGUGAUCUGUACAAAGUCAUGGUGUUACUAAUGAAGGUGUUCUUUUAAUCUAAUAUGAUGUUACUUCUAGUCACAUAUUUAAGUGACAGACUCACUCCUUUAAAUGAAUGUCAAUGGAAUUUCGUUCAAAUUUCCGGAAACUGGUACUUAUCGUCACUCAUUGAAUCAUCUCUUAGCUUUAUUUUUUAGUGUGUCAUUUAGUUCACCUUAUGAUACCUAACACGCAGCAGAAGGGAGCGAUAUUUGAGUAGCCCUCGUAUCGGUUGACGAAUGCCGAAAGGUUUGUCAGUCGCCCUCGUUUGUGACGUAUUGCACAUGGAGCAGCUGAACCUCUGCACCGCACCAAGUAAAGCAAGGUAUUGUUACUGAGUCUGCGAGCGUGCGUCUAAUUACAACCUGUUGAGCGUUGAACUGUGGCAUUGAUCUCACAGCGUGUCUAUAUGAUCCAACGUGUUAUUGCCCGUGUAAAGUUGUGUCAAGCAUAUCCUAUUUACAAUGCAUACGAAGCGUUGUGCGAGCGUACAUAUUAGCAUAGAAUACAAAGAGUGGGAAGGAA